AUGCAGCACUUAAAAGACGAUGCCAUUUCAGCAAGGAUUGCAUUUGCAGAGUGGAAGCGGUCACAUGAAGAAUUAACAGACUGUAUUCGGUUUAGCGACGAAUCACAUUUUCAUCUUGAUGGCUACGUCAAUAAGCAAAACAUCAGGUUCUGGGGAUCUACCAAACCUGACUUUCAUGACGAGAAGCCGCUGCAUAGUCAGAAAGUUACCGUCUGGGCUGCCAUGAGUGCAUCCGGGAUACUCGGGCCAUUCUUUUACGAGGAGAAUGGCGAGUGUUGUACUGUGAUUGCUAAUCGAUACUUAAAAAUUCUGCAGAAUAAAUUUAUUCCAGAACUGAUAAGAAAGGGAACAGUGAUUGAAAGAUGUUGGUUUCAACAAGACGGGGCGACCCCCCAUACUGCAAAUGAUGUUUUAAAGUGGUUAGAGCAAACAUUUGGCACCCGCUUGAUUUCUUUGAAAACCGAGAAAGUUUGGCCUCCGUAUUCACCAGAUCUCAGCCCCCUGGACUUUCAUCUAUGGGGAUACUUGAAGGACAAUGUUUAUUACCCCAAACCAACAUCCAUUAGAGAGUUAAAAGCCGCUAUUCGUAGAGAUAAAAAACAUUUCAAGAGACACAUGUGCCAACGUCAUACGUAA